ACUAGAUUAGUCAAAUUGUUUCCAUUUUCUGGUUUAGUCAAAAAUAUCACAGCAUAAAGCAAUAAUAUGCAACUGGAAGAUUUACUUUUUCCGGGGUGUUUUCUGUCUGUAUUGCACUGGAAUUGCGUGACAUGCACUGAAUAUUUUAUUAGCUGUAACACACAUCACACACACAGUACCACGUGAGAUCGACAUUUUAUCACGAUCCCUAAGCUUUCUUGAAGUUCCGGAAAUUUAGAGACGCUCCCUUACAGCUUUUUCUGAUGAAAUCCCUUCACUUUAGCUUUGCAGCUAGCUCUGACGAGCGGGCGAAACGGGGACGCCAACGAGUCUGAACACGAAGUUUUCAUGUUCAAAGCUAAUGUGUUUUCUUAUUUAAACAUAAGAGAGUUAAUUUAGGCUCGAUUUGGGGGAUUUUAAAUUUUUUCCCUCAUCAAUUUUGCGGUAUUUUCCUCAGAGAAACUCGGCGGCUGGGCUCGAUUUGAGGUGACAUAAGACUGACAGUUGAAGAACCGACCGUCUCUUCCAUCAGACGACAAAAUGGCUUUUGUUUCGACCUCUGCUUUGGGAUACACCGACCUAUUUCACUCAAAAAGUCUUUCCUUCCCUUCUGUCGUCACUACAAUCCCCUCAAGCCGAAAUAAGUGGUGUUAUUUUCCUCAGGACAGCACAGUUGGCGCUGACGCCGCGGUCAAUAUGGGCGCUGAUGGUAUUCGCUGCCGCCGGGUUGGACUCUAUGCAAUUUAAACGACAUGAACAGUUUAUUUCACCGUGGAGAAUAUAUAUCAGUGCUCAUGGAUGGUGAUAAGGGCUGCAAACAAUUAAACAAAAAUGAGCAUUUCACUUUACUCGUAGCUAACAUUUAGCCAAAACUGAAAAUUGUGUCUUAAUAUAACUAGAUGCGUUAACCAGCUCUGUCUCUUGUGGCCAUAUCCGCGUUGUGUUUGGAAUAAGCACUACUCUUGAAUACAUAAACAUUCAUUGUAACCUUUUGAGAGACCUCUCUAAGCCCAAUCACUUUUAGUAAGGAAACGUGGAGAUAUUGCUAAAGGAAGUCUGAUGUUAAUAGUUAGCUUAUCGAAGUUCCAUUUCCAUUCAGUUUAUGUAGUUCUGACCAUUUCAUUGGAGGACACAUGUUCAGAAGUAUGAGUGCACGUGGGCACUUUUCAAAAGGGGACACGCAUUCCACGCGUGACAGCAGUGACGACAGCACUGACAGCUCGUGGAUCAGCUUGUUCUCUCUGGUCUCCAGGCCUGCGUGGUCUCUCUUGCAGAGAUAUUUACCAGGAAGAGCCCAGACUGCUUUUGAUGUGAAGUCAAAUCUAGAUAUUGGGAACUCACUAAUGGGGGGACUCGGUGAGACCCCUCUGAAAGUUAAAUACCUCCACUGCCAGCAUGAAAACGCGGCGUGCGCGUCCACUGGAGAUCCGGGGACUCUGGCCUGGUUAACUCACGACUCAUGGAGUGAACUGGGGAUCCGGAACACUGCACAGAAGGAUUUCAAAUUGCAAAUGCAGGCAUCGGUCGGAUACCUCGGAACGGCGAGAAAUUUUCUCAGCCAGGUGUUGAGCGCGCCCUCCACGCAAGAAAAAUUGCGCACGGCGGCCAAGCGCGGAAGACCAGAAAGCGGGUGCGUCUUGUGCGGGAACACUGUGGCAACGCGCUCUGAUAACACCUGGUGGUUGGGUGGAUUUGGGGGGCGCGAGGAUAGCCUACAAAACUGGCUGCUAAAUGCACCACAAAGCAGAAAAGAGACUGAUACGUGCUGGCAGCAUUGUGGAGUUCAUCACAGUGUUGGCUAUUGUCAGAGUCGCGCACAGGCUGCCGUUUCCAAGACAACAGAACUGUGUGUACGUAGCGAUGAUAGGGAAUCAAUGCACAACGAAAGCGCUGGACCCUUGUGCCCCAAAGAGCGUGCCCACAAUGAAAGCCUACACGCGCCCAAACCAGAAUCCCUUCCAAGCUCAUACCAGCUGCCACUAGAUAUUGAGCAACAUGUUUUAAAACCCUUAGAAUACAGUAGAGCCUACAGUGAAGUGGCAGUUCUGACCCCAGACCAAGACAAUGGCUACUCCAGCUUGGAGGAAGAACACUUGCUUGGUAAGCUUUGUAGUAUGAAACUGCUUUCUGAGGAGCAGGAGUUGUUGGAGACAGGUGGUCCCAUUGCCUCUGAGGAGAUAUCAUCACAGAGUAACACAACUGGGAUUGAGUCUGUGGAACAGGCUAACAGUGAGCCUGCCACCUACGAAAAGGAAAUGAAUCAAAGGGAAGAUGCUGAGUUUUCUGACUCUGAGAAGACAGCAGAUUCGCCAGCACCAGCAGCUGAAGACUUGCCCGCUUUGCCCACUUCACGCUGUCAAAACAAGGUCAUUGCUUACAUCAUGGGCAGCCCUUGCAGUGAGGUCUCUGAAUCAGAGGAUGAGGGUGAUUGGGACAGUAAUGAUGAUGAUGGAUUUGAUAGUGAAGGCUCAUCUCACUUCUCAGAGUCUGAGGACCUGGAUGACAGUGAUGAUGAAACAGAGGAGGAUUCGGAUGAAGAUGAGGCAGACUCCGAAACAGAGAGACUGUGGAAUUCCUUGUGUCAAAAUAAUGAUCCUUACAACCCACGAAACUUCACAGCUCUGAUAAGGACUGCCUCCAAGCCUAGCCCUGCCAUGGACUCCUCAUUCUCGGAGUUUCCGUCAGCGCAUAUGGUCACCCAUAUUUCACCUCCACUUUCAUCCCACUCACUUUCAGAAAAUGAGUCCAGUGAAGAGGCCUGUGAGAUGGAUGAGGAAGAGAAUCAUAGACUAUGGAACUCUUUUACUUGCUCAGCUGAUCCCUACAGUCUUCUCAACUUCCAGGCCACCAUACAGACUCAGAAGCCCCCCAAAGGGUGCCAUAAGGAAACAGCACAGGGAACCCCUUGCUACAAUGGGGAGGAGGCUGAGGAGAGGUUGGACAGUGGAUUCUCAGAGAUUUCCCCUGUGCCAUGCUCAAGCAGUCCCACGGGUGUUCAGCUUAAGAAGGUGAAGUUUGUGGAAGAGGUAGAGGAGUUCUAUACCAGCAGUGAUGAGGACCGCCAUGGCCCUUGGGAGGAAAUUGCCCGGGACCGCUGUCGUUUUCAGAGGCGUGUCCUGGAAGUUGAAGAGACUAUCAGCUACUGCCUUUCUCCAACUUUCCGCCUGGUCAUAUAUCAGAGACUUUACAAUACUAGCUAAUUAAAAGCCUUGUUUGUUGUUUAAAAAAAAAAUUAAACAAUGAAAAUAUAUAUAUAUAUAUAUAUAUAUAUAUACACACACACACACACACACACACACACACAGGUCAGCCACAACAUUAAAACCACCUGCCUAAUAUUGUGUAGGUCCUCCUUGUGCUGCCAAAACAGUGCCAACCUGCAUCUCAGAACAGCAUUCUGAGAUGAUAUUCUUCUCACCACAAUUGUAAACAGCUGUUAUCUGAGUUACCAUAGACUUUGUCAGUUCGAACCAGUCUGGCCAUUCUCUGUUGACCUCUCUCAUCAACAAGCCAGAACUGCUGCUCACUGGAAGUUUUUUGGUUUUGGCACCAUUCUGAGUAAAUUCUAGAGACUGUUAUGUGAAAAUCUGUAGAGAUCAGCAGUUACAGAAAUACUCAAACAGCCCAUCUGGCACCAACAAUCAUCCAUGCGAUUAUCUAAUCAGCCAAUGGUGUGGCAGUAUAGUGCAUAAAAUAAUGCAGAUAUGGGUCAGGAGCUUCAGUUAACGUUCACAUCAACCAUCAGGGUGGGGGAAAAAAAUGUGAUCUCAGUGAUUUGGACCAUGGCAUGAUUGUUGGUGGAUUUUCACACACAGCAGUCUAGAAUAUACUCCAAAUGAUGCCAAAAAACAUCCAGUGAGUGGCAGUUCUGUGGACGGAAAUGCCUUGAUGAGAGAGGUCAACAAAAAUUGCCAAACUAGUUCGAACUGACAAAGUCUAUGGUAACUCCAAUAACCGUACAACAUUUGUGGUGAGAAGAAUAGCAUCUCGGAAUGCUAUUCUGAGAUGCUGGUUGGCGCUGUUAUGGCGGCACGAGGGAGACCUACACAAUAUUAGGCAUGCAGUUUUAAUGUUGUGGCUGAUCAGUGUAUAUCAAUAGUUAAAAUCAGGGCAUCAGAAAGCCCUUAAUUGUUGUAAGGGCUCACAAGUCACACAUCCAAUAAAGUCCAAGAUUUCUGCCAGGGAAGGACACAUCACCUGAGUUGUGCUGAAGGUUCACAUAAUGUUUUGUGCUUAGUUGUUGUGUGGAUUGUGGAAAUAUUUAUUUUGUUUGAUUUUUCUUUUCUAUAAUUCAUGCUGUCAUUUCUAUCCCUUACUACAUUAGUUUAGCUCAGAGAAGGAGAAAAAAAAAAACAGGAAACUGAGAUAUGUCAUGUCUGUUUUAUUGCAAGACUCAGUGCAAAAGAAAACUGCAAAAGGUUUUGAAUAUCUGUUUGUUUACUAGUGUUUUUUCUAUGCUUAUUGGGAAAUUGGUUUAAUUGACUAAGUUACAUAAUCAACUAUAAGAAAAUUGGUCAUACUCUUAACGUGACACAAAAAAGCACCUCUAUCCAACCCCACUAAAUGUAUGUUCAUCAUGCUCUUAAAAGUAUUAGUGCAAAGAAAAAAAAUUUGGGAAAAAGAAAAUGACCUUCGUGAAGUGUUCUCUUUGCAUUCCCUGUUGUUUUCUUCUAGCAGGCCUUCUUACAAAUGUAUAAUGUAACCUCAAAGCCAAAUAUAACAUACUUCUAUUCUGGAACGGAUCACUAAGCCUCGCCUUAGUGUUUGAAGCUAAAGGGGCUGUGCAGGCUAAACAAUCCUCCAGAGUAAUGGCACUCAUUACCCACAUUGAACCUAGUGGUAUUUUUUGUUUUUGCCAGAGGUGAGCAAUGCUUAUAUCAGUAAAUGUUCCUGUGUUAGAGUGAAGAAAUAUGGGCAUGGGCCUUAGUGCAAUGCACUUGCAUGAUCCUAAAUUGAAAGAUUUAUUGGACGGAACAAUUUUACUUAAUGUGUGGACAUCACUGUUGUGUAAUGAGGGUUUUAUCUGUGCUUUGUGGCAGCUGUGACAAAUAGUAAAAUCUUGACUCUAAAGGUGAAAUGCAGGGACAAAAUGCAUGUUUUUGAUCUGAAAUAUAAUAUGCUUGAUGUUGAAGCAUAAAGGUAAUUUGUUAUUCAGUAUAAUUAACAAAUGCAUUUUAUUUUUGUAAUACAUUUUAGGAAGCAUUUGUUAUGGGAUUUGUGACAGAAGAGACUAGUCCUAAUUUAAUUAACAUUCAAUAAAAAGUAAUA